AUGUCGUCGACGAAGAAGAAAGAAAGCAUCGGACGACAAAAAAUUCCAAUUGUUAUGAUAAAGAAAGAGAACCACCGACAAGUAACGUUCUCUAAACGUAAAGCCGGUCUCUUCAAGAAAGCUAGUGAGCUUUGCACGUUGUGCGGUGCAGAAGUUGGGAUCAUCGUGUUCUCUCCAGCCAAAAAGCCAUUCUCUUUCGGCCACCCGAGCGUGGAAUCAGUAUUGGAUCGUUACUUGUCCCGAAACAAUCUGUCCUUAGCGCAGAGUCAACAACUUCAGGGAAACAACCCUGGAGCGAGCUGCGAGCUGAAUAUACGGUUGACGCAGACCUUGAGCGAGUUAGAGGAAGAGAAGAAGAAGGGUCAAGCGAUGGAAGAGAUGAGAAAAGCGAAUGAAAGCCGAUCACUGAUCAACUGGUGGGAAAGGCCAGUGGAAGAGAUGAAUAUGACUCAGUUACAAGAAAUGAAAUCUGCUUUGGAGGAGUUGAGAAAGACGGUUGUGUCAGAGGCGAAUACGGCACCGUUUACUGAUGUGAAAGAGGAUGUUUUUGGUUUUUUGAACAACAAGGUGAUGACGGCUCCUUCUUACAUGAACAUGUCUUCUGGUCUCUCUAGUGUUUACAACUAUGGAAAUGUACAGGCCACGCUCAUGGCGGAUUCAAACAUCGUUAGGAACGGUGACUUCUCUGCUGGGAUUGAACCUUGGUACCCGAACGGAUGCGAAGCAUUUGUUGUUUCCUCUGACCCGUUUAGCUCAGAUUCAAUCUCCGAUUCCCCGAGCUGUGGCUAUGCCUGUAGAAUCCCGAAAUUGUUUGCCAAGGUAUCGCCUUCCAUCUUAUAA